CCAGUAAAUAGAAGAUGGCUGUGCAUCGAUGGUCGUUGGUCGAAUGUUCGCGAAGCCAAAUGGUGCACGGUGUCGUUCAUGGACCGUGAAUCCCGAAAAAUCAUGAUGUGUAAAAACACUAGGAGAGGGAGGGAUGACGACUCAUCGGUGAUGCUAGAGAGGGUAGCGUUCAACCAGGGCAUGGACGAGCAACCAAGCCCACAUGGGCGGUGGCGACAUGGAUGUGGAGGGAGAGGAAAACAACAGACAGGGAAGUGGGGCAGACGAGAACGUGGAUCCGGCAGCGGGGACCCAGCAGCAGAGCGGCAGGCGUUGGGGUCGGCGAGCCCCAAGAAGACGGACGCGUAGAGGAGUUUUCAAUGGGGGGGAUGCUCCUAGAUUUUUCCCUGUUCUCUCGGUAUUCGGCUAAGUCCUCCGACUGCCAGUCACACCCCUCCCAUACCCCACGUACCCUGGAUAAUUUUGACUAAGUCCUUCGCAACUGGUCACAUCCCGCCUCAUACCCGCCGUAACCUGGAAAAUUUCGGCUAAGUCCUCUGUAACCACCACCCCUCUCUGGUGGGGGUAUCCUAUUGCAGCAUCUUUUUGAAUCCGGGGUGUAAUUAUUCAAGA